ACUUAUCGACCAGCAGAGGAGCAGUCUGGAAGAAACCUACACGAUGCCAAUAUCGAUAUACCGUUGCGUGCAAAGACAAGAAUAGCAAGAGAUUUGAAUUGUUCGAGUAGAAUCGAGUUUUACACGGGAUUGGUGAUAAUUUUAUUUUUAAUCGAUGAAUGGAUUUACAAUUUACGAUGAUUUGAGUUUCAACUAUAAAUAUUGCUUCGAAAUUUGGAAAAUUAUUUUGUAUGAUUUACUCGUGUCAGUUGUCAAAUCAAUACGUCCGAUUCAGAGGCCAACAAACUCGCUGCGUGCUAUAUACGUAGCAUUGCUCAGGCGCGGUUUGUUGUCAUUCGACCCUUACUAUAUACAUGCAGCAUCCCCCGCGCACAUUUCCAUCCCUCGCUCGAGUAUUUCCCUUUUGUUUCGUAUUAUACAUCGAGUGACGAGUCGAAUCGAACCGGCGAGUCUUGUAGUAGUACGCCACGCCUGCGCUCUUGAUAUCAAAAUAUAUGCUACUACACUACUCGAGUCUUUUUGCCAUAAAAACUCGGUGCGUGUAUACAAUACGCUCCGAUGUGCCGCGGAGUAAAAGCUGUGCACCGCGACUCGUGACUCUCUUCUUGGCGUCUCGCGUCAGGUGAAAAAAGUACUGCAGGAGGGAGAGGAGGCAAAGUUGAGUGUCAGAAAUAAAAUAGGAAGAUGUUAAUAACGAAAGUUACAGGCGAAUAGGUACAGGUGUGCGUGUGCGAGAGAUCGUGUGAAAUAUUUAAAAAAAAAAAAACGAGAAAAAAGUGCUACUUGGCGGUGGUGUCAGUGGCGGCGACGGCGUUUAGAGAAGCAACAGUGUUCGAUGUGUAUAUAGUAUAGUAGCAGACGCGCGAGUGCAAGAGUACACACUACACAUAUACACACACGCACACAUUCGUUACUGACGGCGGAGCACGAGACCAUCGUCGCGCGCAGUACUUGGAGAGCCGGCAUUCGCUACACGCAUAAAUUCGUAUCACGCACUCGCGCAGCUUCGAUAUUGGUUUUUUUUAUCAUCAUUAUCGAAUUUCAUCGAUGAUCGAGUUAUAAAUAAACGCGAAUUAUGGAUAUUUGAACAGUCUGUGACCGUAAUUAGCUGCGUGGACAGUGGCAGAGAUACUUCGAAAGAGAGUCGCGAUUGUACAUUGAUUUCAAGGUCGAUCAGUUUCAAAGAUGGAUCGCGCGAGAUUCGCCUACGUGAGCGCCGUGGCGGUGGGCGCCGGCACGGCCGUGUUUCUCGUCUGGUUGUGGCUGACCAGGCGCCAAAAGGAGCACCGGCCGCCCAAGCGCUGGCGCAAAGUCGGCGAGCUGAGCGAUCUCAUCUGUUUCCCGGUCAAGUCGCUCGGGCCCGUGAGACUCAGCGAGAUGACCUGCACUCAGCUGGGCCUCAAGGACGGCUGGCUCAGGGACAGGACGCUGAUGGUGAUCGACUUAAACGGCCGAUUCGUCACCGGUAGACAGUACCCGAGGAUGGUUCAGAUAUCGCCGAGCGUGGCCGGCUCGGUGCUGACCUUAAAAGCCCCCGGCAUGAUGUCGGUGUCGGUUGACUUGGCCCGGCUGAGCGGCAAGUUCCGGGCGUCGGUUUGGGGCCAGGCCGUUCCGGCGAGCGACUGCGGCGAGGAGGUCGCCCGAUGGCUGUCGCGCUUCCUCCUCCAGGAGGACGCGGGCCUCCGACUGGUAUAUUAUCCGCUCAACAAGCCCGCGCGCAAGGUGCGUAAACAGAAUCAGCCGUUCCCUCUCACCGAUGACUCCGAUACGGGUGCUUACCCGGACGCGACGAGUUACACGCUCGAGAACGAGGCGUCGAUCGCCGAUCUGAACGGGCGCAUCGAGGAUCCGGUGACGCCGUUGAACUUCAGGCCCAAUUUCGUCGUCAAGGGUGCUGAGCCUCUCGAGGAGGACUCCUGGGACUGGAUUAAAAUCGGUCAGGUAGUCUUUCGCAACGUCAAGCCCUGCACUCGCUGCAUAUUCACCACCGUGAAUCCGGAAAAGGGCGAGAAGCAUCCGAAAAUGGAGCCGCUGAAGACGUUGAGGAAGUAUCGUGCAAUUACCGACCCUGAACUGAAACCGUACACCCUUGACAGCCCGGUAAUGGGCAUUCACUUGGGUCUGCGCAGCGAGGAGGGAGUCAAAGUGCACCUCGGCGAUCCCGUCUACGUCGGCGUCACGGAGGAAGUGACGACUCUCACCUCGCCACCAUAACAUCACCGGUGGGGCUCCUGCUACGACGAGGACGAUCUUUUCUUCUCGUACGACGAAUAAGCAGGAGCCUCGCUGUAUAUAAGGACCUUUGAAUCCGAGUAUUAUUACACGAACGUUCAAUUAAAUUUGACCAAAACGACGAAUAGACCAAAAAAGUGCCACAUAAUUGGAAUUAUAAUCAUACAAAAGAGCCUAUGACUAUAUCGUUUGUUAUGAAAAUAAGUUUGUUCAAUCAUGAGACUGUGAGAGGAAUUGAAAUGUUUUUUUUUUAAUAUAACAUUAUAAUAAGCUACGUUUAUGCACAAUGAAGAGUGACAAUCCAUAAGCCACAAAUGAAUAUUGAUUUUCCACUAACUUUCGGCAUUUUGAUGGCUAAUAAUUUUUAAUGGUUGAAUGAAAAUAAGUAUUUAAAAAUGUAUACGAAAAUAUUUGUAUUCCGUGAAUAUUUAGUGUUAUCGCGUAGUCAUUGAAUAUAACCAAUGUUGAAUUAUGCUCAUUACAGCAACGAUAUUACAAUUAUGUAAAAAUUCAUCAAUAUAC